GUAGUGCGACUAAACCAAUACACCUUAUUGUUGCGAAGAACGCGCGUUUGUUGCUGCUAGUCGCUGUAGUUGACAGUAAUUGUGGUUUUUGUGUGUGUGGCGGGGCAUCGGUAAACAGCUGAUAAGCCGCGACUGCGUGUGUUUCGCUGGCUAGAACGCAUUCUGGUGCAUCUAGGAGGGAGGCCUGCUCGGAUCUUCUACAUUCGGAUGUAACCACCCAUCAUCGAGCAACAAAACAUGUCCAUAAUCUUUACGAAGGCGCCAGCACACCGACCAUUCUACACGGAUCGCCAAUCAAGAGACGACAAUCGAGGCAGCUGAAUAGGCCUGGCGUUUGAUAAGAUUAGUUGAACCGCAGCAGCCGGGCACUGGAGCAGCUUGUUUAAGGAUUUGCGAGUAUACGGAACAAUCUGGAGUGGUGGUUAGUUCCCGUUGACCAUGGAGUACAGUUUCAAGGGCAAAAUUAUCGUAGUAACCGGUGCUGGCCAAGGCAUCGGCAAUGAGCUGUGUCGUCAAUUGGAUCGACUCGGUGCGAAGGUGAUUGCGGUAUCUCGAUCCCCGGCGCCACUGGAGGAACUGAAACGGGAUUGUUCCUCGGUCGAAAUUAUCCAGGUGGACCUGUCGGAUUGGUCUGCGACGCGUGCUGCUCUCGGUGCACUGGAGAAGAUCGAUGGCCUGGUCAAUAACGCAGGCAUUGCCAUUAUCAAACCAUUCGCGGAACUAACAGAAGAGGAUUUCGAUCGGACGUUUAACGUUAAUGUGAAAGCCGCCUUCAAUGUGGCGCAGAUACUGGCCCCAAAAAUGGGACCGGGCGGUAGCAUCGUGAAUGUUUCCUCGCUUGCGGCGCUCAAGGCGUUUGAGGGUCAUUCGGUCUAUUCCGCAUCGAAGGCGGCUAUCGAUGGGUUAACGAAGAGUUUGGCGCUCGAACUGGGACCCCGCCAGAUCCGUGCCAAUAGCGUUAACCCGACGGUUAUCCUGACACGCAUGGGACGCGACAAUUGGUCCGAUCCGGCGAAAGCCGGUCCACUGCUGGCGAAGAUUCCGCUUCGGCGAUUCGGUGAGGUACCAGAGGUUGUUGAAACGAUCGUGUACCUGCUCAGUGAUCGAUCCAGUUUUCUCAAUGGCCACUGUUUGCCACUAGAGGGUGGCUUCAUGGCCGGAAACUGAUG